UCUCUCUCUCUCUCUCUCUCUCUCUCUCUCUCUCUCUCUCUCUCGCUCAGCUGUGGAGCGUACAUAUCUGGUUCACUAUACUUGCGCCACUGCUGUAUCCUCAUAGCUCUCUCGCUCAGACUUCGAAGGAUCGCAGUUCUGCGCGAUAUCCUGCAUAUCUCGGCAUACCGUCCCCGUCGUUUCCGACAUUGUUCCCUCGGCUCGCCCCCGCUCGGCCCCGAACCCGGACGCGGAAUAAUCCCACUCGUUCGACGUCUACCGGGCCCGGCUUCCCGACCGGAUUCCAGUCGAUUCUGGUACCGAGCUUGUGCAGGGUGAGAAACCCCGGCAUCGGGCAUGAUAAUUGGAUGCUUUUCCGCUCGCUCUCAUUCCCCUCCCCAGCUCCGAAAAAGCGUGAGGAAGAACGUACGAACUUAUUAAUACAGCCCUUGAAAAAGCCCGUGACGAAUGCAAGCCUAAGAAAAGCUGAUGCUGAAGAAACAAAGGGAGCGGAGAGAGCAUCUUGUAUAAGAAUCCGCGAACACGGAUGUCCAGAAAAUGGUUUUACUACUUUAAAAAAUCGUGCGUCCAGCAUUCGACGAAGUUACUCGACACUAUUUUCAUCAACCGAAUGCAAUAACACCAAGGCAUUGAAGAAAUCCUCAUUGAUGUAUGUGUCGGCUCUUCUCGAUUCAAGAAAUGCAUACCGAGAAGAGCAUGUCCGACACAUACACCAAUGAGGACUUUUUCAACGCCUUGGCGUUAUUGCAUUCGACUGAUGAAAAUAGUGCCGAGGAGCUUCGUCGAAUGCUGGAUGCCUGUAUCGAGAAGAAAUACGGCCCCGGUAAAACUUUGGCCGCAAGAAUGCCCAGAAGAUUUUCAAAUACCGACGCAACCGCUUCGACAAGAAUGUCAAAGAAACGCGUCCAAGAACGAUGUAACGAAAUGAUGGAAAACGAGACCUGGGACGGUUUCGAAGAUGUUUCCUCUCUUGAAUCUGACGUGACGGAGAACAUCGCGGAUUCUCGAACGAUUGACAUGGAAGUGUUCGAGAUCAAUUAUGAGGAUUGCUGCGAUGAUCAAAGCGUUCCUAGGAUCUCGAUUCCCGAUGAAGGUUCCAACGAUGGGACUGUCUGCAAGAUUUGCAACGGCGCAAAAUUGGGACCUUUAAUUUUGCUGGAGUGUCAAGAGUGUCAAGAGACUUACCAUCCGUUGUGCCAUCAACCCCCAGUCAUCGACAUCGACGUUUACGAUCCUAGAUUUGUAUGGCGAUGCAGAAGAUGCGUCGAAUCGUCGUCAGCGAUUUCUACAAAAGUUAGACUUUUGGAAAAGAGAUCUGUGGAAAACGAUAUUCGAAGAAACGAUGCGAUCAAAGAGAAUGCAAACAUUUCCAGAUUAAAGAUGCCUGGAACAAGAAGUGAUUUGUCUAAUUGUAAGAAGAAUGGUACGUUGAUAGAGAGAUAG